AUGGGAAGCUACACGUUAAGAGUAUCAUCUCAACCAGAUGGAGAAUCAAAUUCAAGUACAGUGGAGAUUUCAGUACUGUAUUUAGAUAAACCAGAUAUUUAUUCGACGGAUAUGAGUCCUGCAGAAGGAACUGCUGUGAAGAUAUCCUGUAUUGUUCACGGGCAACCAACACCGACAGUAUCAUGGACCAUGAAUGGAUCUCCACUAAAUACAAGCGGGAAUUCUAGGAUUUUUCUUAGGAAUGAUGACAAGCAACUGAAUAUAAUGAACUUGAACAGAACAGACAGUGGAGAAUACCAAUGUGUGGCGCAGAACAGUCGUGGAAAUAUUUCUUCCAAUGCGAGUGUACUGAGUGUCCGAUAUCAACCGGAGAUCGCCCUUAAUCCCCUGAAUGCCACAAAAGUGGAAGGAGAAAACAUCACUUGGUCUUGUAAUGCUACAGGAAAUCCAGAACCGAUUACAUCAUGGAUCUUUUACGGUUCUAACAUCAAUACAACUUACAAUCCUAGGAUCGUCUUUUCAAAAGGCAGACAGGAAAUGACGAUAACGAGUAUUAUCAGGACAGAUAACGGGGAAUACCAAUGUAUGGCGAGCAAUAUGCUCGGGAAUGUUUCUUCCCGAGUUGCUACACUUGAUGUACUAUAUAAACCUGAGAUCAGUCCUCUUCCACGAAUGAUUCAGAGAACCGAAGGAGAGAAAAUGAUUUUAUUUUGUAACGCCACUGGAAAUCCAGUACCGACAAUAUCAUGGAUCAUAAAUGGGUUUUCUUUGGACACUAAUAACAGUUCCAGGAUGAAUUUGUCUUACGAAGGAAAGCAACUCACUAUCAAGAAUGUGAGAAGAACAGACAGUGCAUUGUACCGAUGUGUGGCAGAAAACAGUCUUGGAAAUGUUACGUCCUAUAACACUACCUUGGAAGUGCAUUAUAUACCUGGAGUCACAGUGAUUGGUGGUCCACAACAGUUUGCAAUUGUUGGUAAAGUAAAGAAACUGCUAUGCAAGUACGAUGCUGUGCCAUCCGUGUCUGAAGUGCAGUGGAUAAAAGAUGGAGAUGUGAUUGCUAGAAAUUCUAGUCUGCUGGUCAACGAGUCCCGCCUUACUGUUUCGAAUUACAAUGAAAGUCAAAUACAGUUACUUAUAAAUCAAAGUACCUUUCACGAUGCUGGAAACUACACCUGUCUUGUUAUUAAUGCUGUGGGUAACUCAUCCCAGAUGACGUCAGUCAUAAGCCAAGAGCUGCCCUUAAUCACCAUCCAUCCAGAAGGGAAAACUCCAAUGGAGGGAGAAAAUAUAACCCUGUCUUGUAACGCCACUGGAAAUCCAGAACCAUCAAUAUCCUGGGUCAAAGAUGAAUUUCCCAUCAACAGCGAUUCUAGGAUCAACUUUUCACAAGACAAUAAGUUAUUGACGAUAACGAAUACAAGCAGAACGGACAGCGGUGAAUACCGAUGUGUGGCGAGAAAUAGAGUUGGAAAUGAUACCUCAAAUUCCAAAGUGAAUGUUCUUUUUGAACCUGAGGUUACAAUUGAUGGCGAUCAGGAUAAAUAUAUGGCCAAAGGCAGCAAUAUCCGGCUGAUAUGUCGGUAUGAAGCGUCGCCACCAGUGUCUGAAGUGCAAUGGAUAAAAGGAACUGUGAUUGCUAGAAAUACUUCAAUGCUGAUUAAUGAUUCGCGAGUGACAAUUCCAUCUUUCAAUGAGAGUCAAAUACAGUUGUCAAUCACUGCAGCUUCCCUAAAGGAUGGGGGAAAUUACACCUGUAAAGUCACGAAUAUUUUAAACAGCACUCAGGAUAUGACAAUGAUCAUAAUUGAAGAUAAACCUGAGAUCGUGACGCAUCCUCAAAAUAUCACAACAAGAGAAGGCCAAAACGUGACUUUAUAUUGUAACGCUACUGGAAAUCCAGUUCCAACAAUAUCAUGGUACAAGAAUGGAUAUCCUAUAAAUAACAGCUUCAGUACCAUUUUGUCACCAAGCUAUGAACAGUUUACAAUAGGAAG